CUGUGUUAUAUAAGACAAAUCAUCACUGUAUUAAUGCACCUUCAUAUAUUCAGGCAAUUUCUUCUUUCAUAAGAAAAAAGUGAAUGAAAAGUUCAAAAUUGCAAUACCUUUUAUAGUUCCUGUCAUUUCCAUAUCUCACCAUGUGAUAUUGAUAUCUUUUGAAGAGUUGUUGAAGUUUCCCUUUUGUACAUUCAACAUAUUGAAGUACCAUAUCAUACCAAACAAGAGUUUCUCUUGAGGUCUUCAUAGCUUGGAAAUUUUAUUCUUCUCAAGUUUAUGGUUUUUGUUGAUAAUCAUGAACAAAUCUUCAGCACAACCAAGCCAUUUUGAUGAUUAUGGAUUUGAUCUGCAUCAAGACUUUUCCAUGUUUUUGGAGGAAGCAAAGGAACAUGGACAUGAAUCAAAGCUAAAGAAUUCAUCAGUGUACCCUGAAGAAGGAUCUAAAAAACCAGGAUCAGAGAAAGAGACCAAAAGAAAGAAAUCAUGGAAAAGUUUAUUGACUUCAUGGUUGAAAUUUGAUAAGAAAAACAAGGUUCAAGAAACAUCUAAGUCCAACAACAAUCCUAAAUCAAAAGUUUCUGAGAAAAAACAUGGUCAUGUUUCUGGUCCAGUUCAUAACUCCUACAAAGGUUAUGAUCAUGGAAAACAGCCGAAGCGUCCAUUUUCUGGACCUCUAAUGACAAGUUUGUUUAAACCUACAAAGAUAGAAGAGAAUGAGAUACCUUAUAUGACUCUAGAUGAACAAAAUAGUUCGCAUCCUGUUCGAAACUAUGGUCCCCUUUAUCUGGUUAGUUGAAUCUUUGUAUCACUAUUUAUGUAACACUGAACGCUUUAGAUUGAAGGCGACACGUAUCAUUGUCUGACACGGACAAGAUACUGACACAUUUCGUUACAUUCGAUCAUUUUAUUUUCUUAAAUUAUCAGUAUCUACGUAUUAGUGUCAGUGUCAUAUCCGGAGUUCACGUCUGUUAGUGCAAAUUCUGGUUAAUCUUUGGCUAAAAGAAUGGGGUCUUGUGCAUUGGCUGUGUUGAGAGAUUUUUGCUGACUAAUGCAAUAGAAAAGACCCUAGCAAGAAGAAUGAUUUUGUACUUUUUUUACUUUGAAUAUGAUUUGUAUUUGGUAGUAUUUGAUUAAGGAAAAACAAAAUCAGACUAAGUAAUUAA